UAUAAGCAAACUAUAUUGCGAGAAAUUGGCACGAAAAACGGUAUUUUAACCCCAAGUUAAUUCAGCUAAAUUUCUAAACAUUUCACUUUUGCUUUCUCAAACUCACAUUUGUUUUUCAUUUUUCACUAAAUACUUCAUAUCACAUAAUGGCUGACAGAUACUCGUUUUCGUUGACGACGUUUUCGCCUAGCGGGAAGUUGGUCCAGAUCGAGUAUGCUCUUAACGCAGUCAAACAGGGUGUGACCACCAUCGGGAUCAAGUCCGCCAACGGUGUUGUUCUUGCCACAGAGAGAAAGGCUAAUUCUCCACUCAUAAAGAGCGAUACCAACGUCAAAGUCGAAUUGAUCACCCCAGACAUCGGCAUGACAUACUCCGGAAUGGGACCUGACUUCCGAGUACUUGUAGAUAGAGCACGGAAGUUGGCACACACUAAUUACAAGCGGAUUUACAACGAAUAUCCUCCUGUAAGAAUAUUGGUUCAGGAGAUCGCCAAAGUUAUGCAAGAAUCCACUCAGUCUGGAGGUAUAAGACCAUUUGGUGUAUCGCUUCUUGUUGGAGGCUAUGACCAACACUCUGAACAGUUCCAGUUGUACCAGGUUGAUCCCUCAGGUUCUUAUUUCCCCUGGAAGGCUACUGCCAUUGGUAAGACUUCCAACUCUGCGAAAACAUUCUUGGAAAAGAGAUGGAACGAAGACUUGGAGUUGGAAGAUGCCAUUCACGUGGCAUUGCUCGCAUUAAAAGAGUCUGUAGAUGGUGAGUUGACAGGUGAGAACUUGGACAUCGCCAUUAUCAGUGAUGCUCAGGAACACUUGUUGGGAUUCAAAGGUACAAGUUUAGAGGGACCACGGUACAAGAAGCUUACUGCUGAAGAGAUCAAUGACAGAUUAGAAGCAUUGUAGAGUAAAAUUAGUAAUGUAAAGAAUAAAAAAAUAGUAG